AAAGCAUUUCUUUCCUUUUUUUGUCAUAGUGACUAAUUUAGGACUUGCAGAUUUGAGCUGCCUGAAUUGGCCAGACAGCUGUAAUCGCACUCCUCCUAGUCCUAAUCUCUUUAUCUGGGCAGCAGCUGCCAUAUGGCCACAGUCAGCUGGAUCAGAUGUUUAUAAGCUUCCUUCUUCGUCCCUCUCUGUCCUUUCAGCCUCCUAAUUUGAUCGCUGCUACCUUGUGAGCUGUCCUGCAAUCUUUAUUUUUAGCCAUCUUAAGGAUUAGGAUUGAUGUAGACUACAGGGCACUUAAAGUGAUUGUAUUGUAAAUCUUCUGGGUUUCCUCUUUGAGGAAAGAUGUGCAGUUUCUCGAAAGAGGUUAUGAAGACAACAUGGAGUUUCCAGACCACAGCAGACAUUUACUACAGUGUCUGAGUGAGCAGAGACAUCAGGGCUUCCUUUGUGAUUCGACAGUGCUGGUCGGCGAUGCCCAGUUUCGAGCCCAUCGCGCCGUGCUGGCCUCGUGCAGCAUGUACUUCCACCUCUUUUACAAGGACCAGCUGGACAAAAGGGACAUUGUUCAUCUGAACAGCGACAUUGUUACAGCCCCUGCUUUCGCUCUCCUGCUCGAGUUCAUGUACGAGGGGAAGCUUCAGUUCAAAGCCCUCCCCAUCGAGGACGUGCUGGCCGCCGCCAGCUACCUGCACAUGUACGACAUCGUCAAGGUGUGCAAGAAGAAGCUGAAGGAGAAGGCCACGGCCGAGGCGGACAGCACCAAGCGGGAGGAGGACGCGUCCAGCUGCUCCGACAAGGUGGAGAGCUUCUCCGAGGGCAGCACGGGCCACCCGGCCAGCGGCGACCUGCUGCCCAGCGACGACGAGGACUCGGAGGGCAACAAGAGGGACUCGCCGCCCGAGCCGGGCAACAUGUGGAUGAGGCUGCCCUCCGACCCGGCCGGCGCCCCCACGGCGGGCGGCGAGGCGGCGGCGGCGGCGGCCGGCAAGAGGGAGACGGCGGGCAGCCCCUGCAGCUCCUCGGGGUCCCUCUCCCGGAGGUCGGCCCCCUCCAGGAGGGUGUCGGCCGACGCGGACUGCGUGCUGGACCUGUCCGUGAAGUCCGGCCUGGCGGGGGGCGCCGGCGAGGCCGUCCCCGGGGGCAACCCCUACUUCUGCGGCGCGGUGGCCCCCGACAGCCUGCAGGGCAGCCUGGCGCAGGUGCAGGUGAAGGUGGAGAAGGAGGCGGCAUCCGACGAGGACGACCUGGCCAGCGGCGACUACGACAUGGAGCACGGCGGCGGCGGCGGCCCCAAGGAGGCCCCCAGCGCCAACGGCGGGGUCGCCACCCACGGCCACAACCCCCACGGCCGGCUGGCGUACGACGCUCACCUCUCCGCCCUGCCCGGCGAGCUGGACCGCGACGACAAGGCCAGCGAGGACGACGAGAUGCUGAGCCCCGAGAGCGAGCGCGCGCCGGCCGAGGCGGCCAGCAUCGACAGCACGCUGCUGCCCUACGUCUCCAACAUGCUCGGCGGGCCCCACAGCCAGAUCUUCAUGUGCCCGCUGUGCAACAAGGUCUUCCCCAGCCCCCACAUCCUGCAGAUCCACCUCAGCACGCACUUCCGCGAGCAGGAGGGCGUCCGCGCCAAGCCGGCCAGCGACGUCAACGUGCCCACCUGCUCCAUCUGCGGCAAGACUUUCUCCUGCAUGUACACGCUGAAGCGCCACGAGCGGACUCACUCCGGGGAGAAGCCCUACACCUGCGCCCAGUGCGGCAAGAGCUUCCAGUACUCGCACAACCUGAGCCGGCACGCGGUGGUGCACACCCGCGAGAAGCCGCACGCCUGCAAGUGGUGCGAGCGGCGCUUCACGCAGUCGGGGGACCUGUACCGGCACAUCCGCAAGUUCCACUGCGAGCUGGUCAACUCGCUCUCCGUCAAGAGCGAGGCCCUCAGCCUGCCCAACGUCAGGGACUGGGCCUUGGAGGACAGCUCUCAGGAACUCUGGAAGUGAGCCCUGGAGCACUGGGAGCACUGGGAGUUAGAGCGCUGUGGGGCAGAGUGCGUAUCGGUGUGAACGCAAACAUUUACAUGGUCUUUAAGUUCCCGAUUCUUUGCCGUCUCCUCUCGAGGCUCGCUCGACUGCACGCAGAUCCCGAGCCCUUGCCGGGGUGGGGAGUGCCCACAAGGCAUUUUAUUUGCAAGCUGCAAAUGUAUACACCUCAUGAAGCUGGUGGUAAAAAUAGUGAAGAAAACAGUGACGAUACACUAAACAGGUACUGUGAACAUUCUGUAUAUAUAUAUACACGCGUGUGUACACACGCGUAGUGCACUACUGGAUUUUAAUAAGAGAAACUUAAUUCUACUGUAUUUUACAUGUUAAGCCCUCGAAGGAAACAUGUUAUUAUAAAUUACAAGCUUUCAGAACUUCAGCUUUUGUACAUUUUUUACUUGUGAUGGGAAACCUGACUGAUGAUGGACAAAAGGAAACUUUCAUGCAAUGGGUGGUAUCCUUUUUCAAAUGACCUGAAAGCCUUUUUUUAAUUCGUACCAUUACAGUUAUACAUUUUUAUACAAAUGGGUAGACGCACACUUAUUAAACAUAUCCCUCUUCAAAUGACCAUAAUCUUAAGUUGGCUUUGUAGAAGUGAGUGACGACAUCUGUCUGAAAAUGGGAUCUGUCAUUGCAUGAAGUUCAAAUUGUAUAUUUAAAAUGUGAAUUGCUGUUACUGUACACUGUAAUUGAUCAAAUAACAGACUGUGCUAAAACUUUUAGCUCAGUCUGUUGGAAAAAAGUAAAUAUUACAGUUAUGGAAAAUGCAUGAUUUUUUUUAGAGGUCUUUUUUCGUUGUUUUACAUUAUUACCUUGGAGAGUGUGUUUUAAAUUUACCGCUUCAAUCAUUUAAUUCCUAAAUUUCGGGUUUUUUUUUUCUUUUUACAAUGUAAUUAGAAGCUCCUUUGACAUUUUGUGCGGGGCUGUGAAGAACAUGUAUAAGUGCACUGAUUUGAUAUUUCGGUCUGUAUAAAGUGUACCGGUUCUAGCUUCUGUUGGACAGAAAGCAAACGCAGGAAUCCACCGUCAUUAUUGUCCUGGCCUCCGGAGGGCGUGCUGGGCCGUAGCUGUGCACCGCAGGGCCCUCCUGCACUGAGCUGCAUGUCUGUGAUGUGUUUGGGCUUGCAGCUGCUGUCUCUCUAUCACGAUAACGGGUUGAAAAUGUUUUUGUUGUUAUUUUUUUUUUCCUCCUUAAAUUGCCUGCCAGCUUUUGUCAGUUCCAAUUAUCAACUAAAAUAUGCAGAUGAGGUCGGAGUUUGAACGACGAAUUGAUCGGGUGGCAGCCGCUUUGCAUUUUUUUUUUAUUUGAAGUAAUUUAUUUAUUAUUUUUCUUUUGGCACUUGCAACAAACUUGAAACUCUGAGGGUCUGGAGGAUUUUCUUUUUUGUCCUGCUAGUACCUGAACAGUCUGGAGAAUUAGCACUACCUUCCCAGCCUGGCCAGACUCCGACAGACUGCUUUUAUAGAGCAUAAGUCUGUCAGUCCUUCCUUUACCUGUGUGUACAGACACACAGGGACCUGUAAGAAUUGGGUGAAAUACCUUAACAGUUAAAGGUAUGCUUCCUGGACAGUGUUUGGUUUAAUUCAUGCCAUUAAAGCCCAGCUACAGUAAUCAGUAAGGAGAGACACGAUUAGCACUCAGCUACAGAAGACAAAAACUGUUUGUUAUCAGCCCUGCAGAAGAAGAAUCUUUAACAUUUAGAAAAUAUGAAAUGGAAUUGCCCAUUUACAGAAAUGUUGUUUUUACUUGAAGGAGUAUUCUCCUCCUUUUUGAAGAAGGAGUACCAGUAACACUUGGGAGUGUUAUGCUCUGUGCAUGUAGCCUUCAGUGUUCUCAUUGUUCCCCUUAUGGAAUCCUUUAACUGUUGCUGAGCUGGGACAUCAUCACAGUGCCCCUACCUAACGCGCCGGUUGGCUUUUAGUUUCUCUUCUUCUGCCCUCCCGCUGUUCUGAGAGUGUGUUCCAGCGCGAGAGAGGGGGCGCAGGGCGCGUUCCCCCAGCAGCACGAGCUGCAUUGCCGACUCGGGGCGAUGGGUGUUUUGCACAGUGCUUGUCAUUCUCCUUUUUUGCACUCACAAAUACAUGUUCCGGGAAUAUUACUGCAAAUACUUGCUGUGGUUGUUUUUUUAUUUUUAUUUUAUUGUAUUUUUUUUUUACAUGUUAUUUUUCAGAUGUAUUUGACCGCCUUAAACUACUGUAAAAACCGCUUAUUUUCGUGCAGAAAGUUAUUAUUGGAAAGCCGAAAUUGUGUGUUGCUGGACUGUAUCAGUUUGGUUUUUUUUUUAAGAAAACAACAAAAAAAAAGCUGUGAAAAGAUGACCUGUUAAACAUCUCCAUUUAUCUUUGGUUACUUGAAAACUGGAAAUAACCUGCUAAGAACCUGGGGUCUGGGUAAGGACAGGAGAGGAAUUAAACUGGAAGGAAAGAAAUCUGUUGAAAAGGACAAUCGCUGUCUGAGGAAGAAACAGAUUUAAAAAAAAUAUUUGCUUUUAAUUGGUAAUCCCUGUGAAAGUAAGUUUCUUUUUGACUUUUUUAUUUAGACUGACAUUUAGCUUUGACAAUCAUAGUAUGUUUUAUUUUCUCAAGGGGAGUAAAUUAUAAGGCUGUUUAGUUUUGUACUUUUUUGGUGUGCUGUUGGUGAAAUUUUUAAAUUGUGUGCUAAUUGCAAUAAAUUAUAUGAACCUUAAGAGCC